AUGUCCGCCGCUCUAGAUACCUCCAGGGGCGCGAAACCCGCCACCAGAAAGCCCAAGGCCACACGCUCCCGUAACGGCUGCUGGACCUGUCGCUCGCGAAAGAAAAAAUGCGACGAGACGCACCCGGAGUGCAUGCAGUGUCUGAAUAAAGGGCUAAAAUGUGAAGGCUAUGAAGCGCGGUUGAAGUGGGGAAAUGGGGUUGCGUCCCGGGGAUACUUGAAGGGCAUGAAUUGUCCGAUCAUGGUGAUGGGUCCUGGUGAGAAUGGGAACAUGCGCAAGGUGGGUGGCUCGAGUAAAGAUUCUCCAGAUUCAGAGGCGGGGAGAGUAGCCGCAGCAGCACCAGCAGCAGGAGGAGGAGGAGAAGGAGGAGGAGGAGGAGGAGGAGGAGGAGGAGGAGGAGGUCGUGCUCGUGCUCGUGCUCGUGGUGUGAAGCGACGCACUGAGUCCCAGACCGAGGUGGAGGAUUCUUCGGCGGAUGGCUCGCCCCAGUCGGCCGCGUCGCUUUCGUCGUCCCUGUCGUCAUCGUUGGGGAGCUUUGACCAAGAGUUGUUUCGAGAAUUCAAACAAUGGGGAUCGCAGUAUCUCUCGAUGGGAUCUGACAAUGGCUAUUCUCCAUUUGGGGAAGUUCUAUCAUAUUGCGAGGAAUCCGAAUCGCUUAUGGCGAACUGUCUGAUGUUCCAACUUUCUCUUCAUCCGGAAUACAACGAAAGACACGAAGCGUAUUACGCGGAAGCACUGCGCCUCUUUCGUCAGGAUGUCUGUGACCACGCGAGAAGUCUAAAGGACGCGACGUUGAUAGCUGGGAUUCUGCUAAGCUCUAUAGGUAUGCAAAACUGUAAAUCGUGGACUAUGCAUCUCAAUGGACUCUACACGAUCCUGCAGCAUCGAAAGGUCGCUCAGAAUCAGACCCCCAUCGCAUCUGAACUUAUCUCCACGAUUGGCUUCCUCGAUCUACCAUCUCAUAUCGUUGGUCGCCAAACCCCCACGCUGAACAUAUGGAGAGAUUACUGUCGUGGGAAAACCGGUAGGGAACCCAGCAGCGGCAUACCGUAUAGCCUACUAGACAUCUUCUCCAUGAUCUCCGAGCCAAACGCAGAGUGGCGAUUCUGGACCUGGAUCCCGGAGGGCCCUGGAAGGACCACUUUCAGCGAUAUGGUCUGGGAGAUGACGAGGCUCGCGGGAAUAAUCCGCGCGAGAGGAGAUCAUCGGCGCGGCGGCAUCCCUAUUGGCCAACGCGUGAGCGCCAACAAUGAAGUUUCCCUGCCGCCGACAGACGCCUUGGUCGAGCGCAUCUUGGGCCAGCUCGAGAGCCUGUACGACCAUCCCGCGGACGUCACGCCUGCGAUGCUCAACCUGCUUCUGUUUCCUGCGUUCACGGUGGGAACUCAGUACAACCUUCUAACCCCGAAACAGAAGAUCUUUCUGGAGGAUUUCUGGGGAGAGUUUUUCGUCGAUGACGGUAGCCCUCAUCUCCAGCUGCCGUUGAAGGUGCUGCGUGAGGUUUGGGCGACUGGGAAGACUGCAGAUCAGAUUGCUCGAGAUUGGGAUGCGGAAGUAGGGCUGUUCUGAGGCUGGGAGGCACAUUUCAUGUUUAAGCCUUACCCUGUACAGAGUAAUAGUUGGAUGAUUAUUUUGCGAUAGGCCGAAGUUGAUGGGAGAUUGGAUGCACCCCCGUCUUUCCAGCGCAACGCAGCCGUCAACGCAAAUUCCUUGAAGUGUCCAGGUUGCGAUGACGCAACGAUAUAUAUGCGGAGAGAUGGCCGAGUGGUCUAAGGCGUUCGAUUUAAGCUCGAAUAACGAAAGUUGCGUGGGUUCGAACCCCACUCUCUCCAUUAUCCUAAUUACUCUGUUUUUUUCCCUCUCUCUCCAUGAUCUAAUUAUUCUCUUUUUUUCCCUCUUCUCUCUCUCUGUUUUUUGCUUUCUUUUCUUUUUUCUUUCUCUCUCUUCACAGUUGACAAAUUUUUUUUUUUCUGAUCUGCUUUUCAUCAUGCGAUAGUAUCAGUCAGCUAGCUGCACAUGAAUCUCAAUUUGCUUGU